AUGGGGGGCGGGCGCAGAGGACCGCGGAGGCGGCCGGCCACGGGCAGCUCCGGGGCUCCCUCCCUCGGCUCAUCCCCGCGUCCCCACGUCCCUCCUCCCCGCGCGGCCAGCUGCAUCCUCUGCAGACCCUCGGAACCCACGCCCGGGCUCGUCCGGCUCCCGUGGCUCAGUGCCAACCCCGCAACUUUCUCUUCCUCUGCCCGGCUGCGGGGGGCUGCUUGGCCCCGGAGGGUUUCUCCCGGGACUCCUUGGGGGCAGUGUCUGGAGAAAGGCUCCCCAGCCCAGGGGGGACGCCCGUCGCCCGCUGGCCGGCCCGGGCCCUGGCGGGUCUGCCGUCGGGCGUCGGCGCCCUCCCUCGGCCUCGCCCCCCACCAUGACCGAAAUGAGCGAGAAGGAGAACGAGCCGGAUGACGCGGCCACCAACACCCCCCCAGGGACAGUCCCUGCCCUCCAAGAAACCAAGCUCCAGCGAUUCAAGCGCUCGCUCUCUCUCAAGACCAUCCUCCGGAGCAAGAGUGUGGAGAACUUCUUCCUCCGCUCAGGCUCGGAGCUCAAGUGUCCGACCGAGGUGCUGCUGACGCCCCCGACCCCUUUGCCCCCUCCGUCCCCACCCUCCACAUCCACAGACCUGGGCCUGUCUAGGCCGGCCCCCUCCCCGUGCCCGGGGCUGCGGCCUCUGGCAUCUCUCAAGGCAGUGAGGCUGCACAGCUUCCAGGAACACAGCUUUAAAAGAGCCAGCCCGUGCGAACUAUGUCGUCAGCUCAUCGUGGGAAACUCCAAGCAGGGUUUGCGAUGCAAAACUUGCAAAGUCAGUGUGCACCUGUGGUGCUCUGAGGAGAUCUCCCGCCAGCCAUGCCCAGGCAAGACGUCUACUUCCUUCCGCCGCAACUUCAGCUCCCCCCUCCUGGUGCACCAGCCGCUUCCAGUCUGUGCCACAAGCAGAGAGUCCCCACCCACUGGGGCCAGCGGGAAGGUGGUGGACCCCAUCUAUGAGACUCUGCGCUACGGCACCUCCCUGGCCCUGAUGAAUCGCUCCAGUUUCAGCAGCACCUCUGAGUCCCCCACAAGGAGUCUGAGUGAGCGGGAUGAGCUGGCUGAGGACGGAGAAGGCAGCAUCCGCAGCUCAGAGGAGGGACCUGGCGACAGCAUCUUCACAGCCCCAGCCGAGAGCGAAGGAUCAGGAGUGGAGGAGAGGAGUCCCGGACAGCAGGCCCCUAGACCCUCCAUGCGGAAGGAUGUGGGGCCCAUGUACUCCUACGUCGCACUCUACAAGUUUCUGCCCCAGGAAAGCAACGACCUGGCCCUGCAGCCCGGAGACCGGAUCAUGCUGGUGGAUGACUCCAAUGAGGACUGGUGGAAGGGCAAGGUCGGCGACCGGGUUGGCUUCUUCCCAGCCAAUUUUGUGCAGCGGGUGCGGCCGGGUGAGAACGUUUGGCGCUGCUGCCAGCCCUUCUCAGGGAGCAAGGAGCAGGGUUACAUGAGCCUCAAGGAGAACCAGAUCUGUGUGGGUGUGGGCAGGAGCAAGGAUGCUGACGGCUUCAUCCGCGUCAGCAGUGGCAAGAAGCGGGGCCUGGUGCCAGCCGACGCCUUGACCGAGAUCUGAGAUGAACUGAGAGAACCUGUGCUCGUCCCCCCUCCCAUCUAGACCUGGCCCUGGCUGGGUAGGGGGGAGGCCUCCUCCCCUGCACUCACCCUCCUCUGUCCCCUCGCAGGUGCCACACACCAUGGCUUAGGGGCUGUCCGCAUUUGAGGAAGGGGUUGUCUCAGGUGGGGUGUCUACCCUAAGAGGGAUUUGAGGUGGGAGAGAAAGUGGGGAAGAAUGAGACAGCUGCAGGAAGGAGGGGCCCUGGUACUCACGUGGCCCAAUCCUGUGUCACAUUGGACUCCAGCCCUGGAGAGGGUUUCUGGAAGACUUCCUAUUGCCCUUUCCAGAAAGCCCCCACACUGCCCACACCACCUCUGCAUGCCCAACACCUCCCCUCUGACCACAGAGCCUCUGCAUACACUUCUGCCCCUUUGCCAGUGCGGGCCUGGGAGGAGGGGCUGCCUGUGUCCCUCUGCUCUCCUCUCCCCUAAUGU